CAGCCGCCGCCCGCCCUGGUCCCGUGGAGAGCGCGCAGCGCGGAGGUGGGAGCGCCGGGAGCAGCAGCGCCUAGAUAAUGCCCAGUGGUGAGCUGUCCUGAGCCACUGAGUUCCAGCUGCCUGUCUGUCCACGCACACUCCACGUAGCCUGCCAGCACCGCCCAGCAUGGAGUCCAGGGGAAAGGCGACCAGCAGCCCCAAGCCCGACACCAAGGCUCCACAGGCCGCUGCUGAGGCCAGAGCCCCACCAGCUGCAGAUGGAAAGGCCCCUUCAGCUAAGCCUGGGAAGAAGGAGGCCCAAGCAGAGAAGCAGGAGCCUCCCGCAGCCCCCACACCACCAGCGGCCAAGAAGACCCCGGCCAAAGCAGACCCUACCCUUCUCAAUAACCACAGUAACCUGAAGCCAGCCCCUGCAGCCCCCAGCAGCCCUGAUGCCACCACGGAGCCCAAGGGCCCUGGGGAUGGGGCUGAGGAGGGUGAAGCCCCCAGCGGGGCCCCAGGGGGCCGAGGCCCUUGCCCCUUUGAGAACUUGACCCCCCUGCUCGUGGCUGGGGGUGUGGCUGUGGCCGCCGUAGCCCUAAUUCUUGGUGUGGCCUUCCUGGCCCGGAAAAAAUGAUGGCUAGUGCCCAGGUGGGGGCACAGCCACUUCCUGUACAGAUCUCAGGAGCCUAGUGCAUGCC